UUCUAGAUCUAGCAGCAAAAUGACAACUCUGCAGGAAACAGAGAACACAUCAGCUGACUACGCCACCUCACCCAUUCGUGGAUCUGGAGAUGGCAUGGAAACAGAGCAACCAAUUAAAUCUGUUGAAAUUGUCCACGCCUCACCCAGUCGUGCCCAACUCAGCCCACACAAGAAAGCUCUUCCUUCACUAAGUCCUGGAGUCCUUCAGCUGGGGAAAAUACAUGGUGAUAAAGCCGUGGAGAUUGAAGCUGUACGAAUCCUGGUUCCUAAAUCUGCAAUUAAGCAUGUGGUUCCUACCAAAAGUUCAAAAGUGUCUAAGUCUGUGAGACACCAGAGAGAAAUACUCAGCCAAUCAGAUGGGAUUUCAGAGAAUAAGAAAGAUCUACUGGAGCUAAAAAAUGCAGUUGAAAAGCUCAGGAACUCAGAAAGAAGGUUGCUGCAGGAUAAGGAAGGCCUUUCCAACCAGCUCCAUGUACAGACAGAGGUCAAUCGGGAGCUGAAGAAGUUACUUGUUGCAUCUGUUGGGGAUGACCUGCAGUAUCACUUUGAACGCAUGGCUCGUGAGAAAAACCAGCUGAUCCUUGAAAACGAGGCUCUGGGACGGAAUGUGUCUCAGCUAUCUGAACAGUUAGAGAGGAUGUCUAUACAAUGUGAUGUUUGGCGGAGUAAAUUUCUAGCAAGCAGAGUCAUGACUGAUGAGUUGACUAACUUCAGAGCAAUUCUCCAGCGUCAAACCAGGGAUGCUCAAAGUGCAAUUCAGGAUCUUCUAAGUGAACGGGACCAGUUUCGGCAAGAAAUGAUUGCUACGCAAAAAUUACUGGAAGAACUGCUAGUUUCUCUGCAGUGGGGGAGGCAACAGACUUACUAUCCUAGCACGCAGCCUCGCAGUACUGCAGAACUAGCAGCUGUGAAUCAUAAGCUGGCUACAGCAGUGACCUCUCAUCUUCUUGGAAAUGCUGAUGCAUCUAACAGUCCAAAAAAGAAUUCCUCGCCUGCAGAACUCUGCAACACACCUGCUGAAAAAAUGGCUGAAAAGGUAUUAAGAAUGCUAGAUCCUGGUGCCCGUACAGACGAAUCCCCUGAACUUUCUUUUUCCGAGUCUUCACCAACCUCUUUCCUUUCACCAAAGAAGAAUAUUGGACGGUUUCACCCGUACACUAGAUACGAAAACAUCACUUUCAACUGCUGCAAUCACUGCCAAGGAGAACUGAUCGCUCUUUAAAAUUGGCCCCGAGCUCUGCAGCUUGAGCUGUUGCAUCCAUACACCUUUGCAGGGAUCUACACUGUUAACUCUCCUGUGGUUUCUC